UCAAAAACGGAUAUUCCAGUUUUCAAUCCUCUAUUCCCAAAACGCGAUUCAGGUGGAGGGAAACGUCAACUUGACGGCGAAGCAAAAUUCGGUCCCAUUUGUCUCUCUUCGCGGUAUCCCUGCGCUGGGAGAUCGAUUCGAUAUACUCUUGCCGCCUUCCUAUCUUCCCGUCGCCGACACCGAUUCCGCCGCCGGCUUCGAAAAAUCCAGUUUCUUUUAGUUGCAGAGAGAAGCGCCGGCAGAGCGACUGGUAAAGCUCUCUGAAUUCCUCUGUGUUUCUUCGUCGGGUUUGUGAUAAUUCCGCAAUCUAAGGUGUACGGUUUGGAUAAAAGUUAAUAAUUUCGACCUGGGUAUUCGCUUCACU